CAAUUAACAAGCAAAGCAGCAUGUUACAUAAAAGGAGAUUUUAGAGCGUUGAGUGAUAUGUGUACGUGGAAGAGCUGUAGAUUUACUGCAAUAGGAAAACAGAAGAACUCAGCAAAUCAGUCUCAGCCAUGACGUUGCUGCGGGCAAUGAUUGGUGUCAUUGUCCUCAUUCAUCUCUCUGCACUCGUGAGCUCUCAGGGCGAUCGUACUGUACCUCCGCACAAACUAUUCACACCUCAAGUCUUCCAUGUUGGAGCAGUGGAGAGUCUCACCUUCACUAGUUACUCACCCGAGCGGUUUGAUGUCACGGCAACGGUGUCGUACGAGGACUGCUCAUGUGAGGAGCGGAGGAGAUCUUGCAAAAACAACGGCCAGGUGUUCAGCACAGUGAGUGGCAAGACCAGGCAAGGUCGGCCUGUCAAGUUGGAUGUACAAAUGCCUUCGAUUAGCCAGCUGCAGCUUCGGAGAUACUUCAUCACUGUUAGCUCUCACGAUGGAGAGGUGACCUACUACUCACGGCGACAGCUGUCCUUCUCCACUAACUCAUUUGGUUUCCUCCUUGUCAAGACAGACAAACCGAUCUACAAGCCAUCCCAGAAAGUCAGCUUUUGUUUGGCCUUUCUGGACAAGACUCUCAAGCCCCAUACUGACAAUGCUGAUGUGACUGUUAGGAUCAGGGAUGCAAAGUUCAAGCAAAUCCUCAAGCUUGACACUGUCACCAUUCCAGCUGGAGAUCUCAAGUGUUUGGACUUUCCACUGGCGGAGGAGCUCAACUUUGGUGCUUGGAGGAUCGAUGUCAACUUCAAGGUGCCCCAGGAGAGGGGAGGGUGUCAGGCAUUCUACACAGCACCCUUUGCCAGCUGCUCGUUCAAAGUAGACGAAUUCGUGUUGCCACGGUUUGAGGUGAGUCUUGACUCCCCUGGACAGUUGGAGAGAGAGGAGGACAUCCAGGUGACUGUGAGGGCAAGGUACGUGUUUGGAGAGAAUGUGCAAGGGAGGGUCAAACUCAACGCCACACUCGAGGCCAGCUCUAGACGAGAGUCACUGCCCUUCCACGACAAGACCGUCCCACUGGUCAACGGCCGUGCAGUGAUCAGUAUCCCCUCAGAGGGGUACCACGAUAUGGUGCGGUAUCGUUACGAUCCAUUCUGUGUCAAGUCCUCCAUUAAACUCACAGCUGAAGUCGAGGAGGCUGGGCGGGGCACUAAGAUUGCUGAAUCAACAGUUAUCCCUCUCGUUUUCAGUCCAAUUGAUGUCAAGUUUGCGGAGGACAACUCCAAGAUCUUCAGGCCUGGUCUCAACUACACACUCAAGGCCCUUGCCUCGCUCGGUGAUGGUUCCCUUGCCAACGGAGUGGGCGUGACAGUUCAUGUGGCCACUAACAACGGGGCAAACGUCAUAUUUAAUGAUGUCAUCACGAGUGUGGGCGGAGCUAUCAAUGCUGUCAUCAGCGUGCCUCUGGACACUAACUGCAUGAAAAUCUCGAUGAGACCAUCUGAAGGGUUUGCUGGUGCGUGUGCUGUAGAGCAAGAGUGCUUCUCUCCCUCUCCUGUCUUCUCCCCCACACGCUCGUUCCUGCAGCUCACUGAUGUCUCUGUCACCAGCCCCAGGCCUAAUUCCAGAGUUGACAUUUUUGCUGAAUCAACAGUUCCGUUCACCUACCUUCAUCUCCUGGUGAUUGCUCAAGGUAGCAUUCAGGAGCACACCUUUGAACUGGAACGUGGAGGCGUCACCACGGCAACAGUUUCAUUCCGAGUCACCCACGAAAUGGUACCAAAGGUUAAAGUUCUCGGACUGUUUGCUCGUGAGGAUGGAGAGUUGGUGGCAGACUUGAUUGAGCUAACGGUCGCCUGUGAUCUGAAAAAUGAUGUUCACCUCUCCUUCAGUGGAGACAUCGUGGAGCCAGGUACACCAGUGUCAGUGAGGACAGUCACAGAGCCUGGGUCUGUGGUCCUCGUGAGUGUGGUAGACAAGAGUCUCUCUCUACUGGCCGAGGCAUGCAAGUCACUGGAGAAGGACAAUGUGUGUCGGCUCUUGCGUGAGCUAACCAGAGGGUCUCUGUCUGGAGGCAGCACUUGUAAUACGGCCACUGAGGGGAGGUGCUGUCCAGACAGCUGCUCUGAGCCAACGUCCGUCAGCAUCAACAGCAUACUCAACGCAGCCGGAGUGAGUCUGUAUUCAAACAUGUUCCGACCCAACCCACCAGCUCCACCCAGACCACCACCUCGACCCUUUGUUCCUGACUACUUGUUCUCUAGAAUCCCCGGCCCUGAGGGACCAGCUGUGGUCGUGACAGAUGAUCGAGUAGAGAGUAUUGUUCCCUCACCAGUGGAGACUGAGGAAGAGGCUGCUCGCGUGUUCUUCCCUGAGAGCUGGAUCUUCCAACUACUCAAGGCAGAUGCUGAGGGUAAUGCCAUCAUCAACUCUGUUGCCCCGGACACCAUCACCACCUGGUUUGGUGAGGCCUUCUCUCUGAGCAAGACAGCUGGUCUGGGAAUCUCACGGCAGUCACAGAUCACUGUCUCCAAACCAUUCUUUGUCUCUCUCGAACUUCCCUUCAGCAUCAACUUUGGAGAGUCUGUCACCAUCACUCCACUUGUCUUCUUCUUUGGCCUCAGGGCUUCCACAGUGGUCACCAUCAGUGUGACUGUGGAUGAUGACCUGGACGUACGGGACCUGUCCCUGCCCACCAGUGGUCGACUCACGCUGACCAGAGGGGAGGGUGGGUCAUUCUCAUUCAAGCUCCACCCACGAGCAAUUGGACAGCUGCAAGUCACCAUCUCCGCAGUUACCGACGAAGGGGAGACAGAUGUUGUCAGGAAGCCUCUCUUUGUUAAGCCUGGUUGUGAUAAAUUCGACAUUACCGAGAACGUAUUCGCUGAAGGUGCUGGGCAGGGACGGUAUUGUUUCAACUAUAGUCUACCCAACUGUGUGAUUUCGGGCUCUGCUUCAGCGAGAAUAGCAGUCACUGGUGACCUGAUGUCUCCUCCCGACCUGGACCGCCUCCUGGUUCUCCCCUCAGGAUGUGGUGAGCAGAACCUGGUGAGGACAGCUGUCAACUGGGUGGUUGCCGGCUAUCUCCAGUCCACCGGGCAACUACAGGACUUCCUAGAGGUCAAAAUCAGGAACAAUAUUAUGACAGGUUAUCAGAGGCAGCUGAAUUAUCUCCAAGGAACAGGUUGCUUUGCUAUCUGGCCAAGAGCUGACUGCAGUCUCUGGUUGACAGCUGCUGUAGUGGACGUGUUCUCAGGAAUUGUUGGUUACUAUGACAGACAAGAACCUGGUACGGAGAUUAUUGACAUGUCGGUGAUCAAUGGAGCGCUGAACUACGUCAUCAACAACCAGAGGAAGACGGGAGAGAUACCAAUCAUCGGCCGUGUUCACAGCUUCAGUCUCUUUAGAACUGGCGGCUCCAUUUCUCAUACUGCCUUUGGCAUUGUGGCUCUCAAGCAGUACCUCCAAACCUUCCCCACGUCCCCGAAUGCAGUGAGGACCAGGAAUGCUGUCCAGAACGCUCAACAGUACAUUGAGAAUGAGUUUGAGGAAGAAGCUGAGCUCUGUAACUAUGGCCUUGCUCUCUCAGCCUACGCCCUCCAGGGGACAGUCCCCUCCAAAAACACAGCUGUCAAGAAUGGCCUCAUCUCAGCUCUACGCUCGAGGAUUACCACCAGCAAAACUUAUCCUGGCACCUGUUUCCUAUGCCCUGGUUGUCCUAGUGACCGACCUAGCACACCUCAGGAUGGUACGGAUUGCAGCGGUCGCCCCAGGGCAGAGGGGUCAGCUGCCUGUGUGGAGACUACAGCCUACGCUCUCCUGGCCCUCAGGCAAGUAGAGGGGGAGAACCAGUUCACCGUCUGUCUGGCUCAAUGGCUCAUCAGGAUUAGGGGGGACAGCGGCGGGUUCUACUCCUCUCAGGACACCGUGAUAGCAAUGAAGGCAUUGUCAGGGUUUGCUCAAGACACCUUCACGAGGGAACUCAACAAGAUUGUCACCUUUGACCUCCCCGCCCUGACAGCUGCUCCUCUCAGCAUCACCCCCGGCAACCGAUACGAGCGAAACACUAUCAAUGUUCCCAGUGUUCCCAGUGACGGCAACUGUGUCAACUGGUCUGGAUUUGGCACUGUUAUCAUUCAGAGCACUCUGACGUACCAUGGCUGCAGCUGUUGCUCUGAUGUGAGGGCAUUCUCUCUACAGCUGGCCAGUGAGCGGUCAGACACGCCCCUAGGCACUCUCCUCACUCUCUCAGUCAGGAUCAGGUAUCUCGGUGGUGAGUCCUCGGACAUGGCUAUAGUGGACGUUGAGAUUCCCUCUGGAUACUUGUUCUCUCAUCACGAGCUGGCCGAUCAGAUCGCUGGUGCUGAACUGGAGAGGUUUGAGCCCCGAGGCACUAGCGUUGUGUUCUACUUCAACAAUGUUCCCGGGAACUUGGGCACCAGCUUCACCGUUCACUUCAGUCGUGCCUUUGUGGUGGAGACCCCCCAACAGCUCCCAGUCACUGUGUAUGACUACUAUGACCCUGGCCAGUCCAUCACUGACUACUACCUGCCAGUGAGUACCUCUCCCUUGCCUCCCAUUGGACGCCCAUCACUGUCCACACCCCCUCCACCCACUCGAGGUGUACCCGGACCUAGUGACCUCUUAGAGUAGUCAUGCAUGGGACUUUCUACACAAACUGGUUUUAUUGCUAUACGUACACAUCAGAAAUCAACUGCUAUAAUUAUGUAAUCAAUUGCUAUUUUUAA